AUGUUGGCGCCGGUCGAAGAGGUAUCCAUCUGGCUACGACUAUAUAACUUGGCCAUAGAAUAUUGGAAUGAGGAGUCCUUUCAAGCCUUAGGUAGCAAACUUGGAUUCUACAUCAAAGCGGACGAGGCUAUUGAGUCAAAAGAUUUCAAUAUGUAUGCACAAAUAUGUAUUGGGUGGAAACCCAACAACCCACUUCCAGAACAAAUUGAGAUCAUAACAAAUGCAGGACAAUGGCUUCAAAAAAUCGAGGUUGAGGAAUCAAAUGAAAAAUGCAAUCAUUGCAAAAAAGAUGGACACAUGGAGGAAACUUGUUCGAUUGGCCCAAAAGGAAAAAAUGUGGAGACAACGAUCGAAGAUGAGGUAAAUUUUUUUGUGAGCAAAGCAAACACAACGGAUGAGAAGAGAACAAAUGAUGACACAACUCAGCCUCCGCCAAAGCCUUUUUUUCAAGGGGAGGGUUUGAUGGACAUCAACAAUAGAACCCACGAGGUGGAAGAAAUUGGAACAGAUGCUUCUCUUAUAAACAAACAUAGGGAAGUUGUAGGAUGGGUAGAAGAAGCCAUCAUCAGAGUGGAGAAAGCAGUUGAGAUCCUGGAUGAGGCAAAGUCCAGGGCCACACCUCUCGUGGAAAUAGGUUUAAAUUCGGAGAUAGUCAAGCACACUGAAAAUGAUCAAGAUUCUGGGCUUGACAAGGAUGAAAUGAAGGAAAACAGAUAA